AGGAUGCAGCUGGUCUAGUAACAAGGCCUAGAUGUUGUUAUGUUGUUAUGGUUUUAGUUCUAGGUCUAAAGCAAUGCCAAGAUGCUAGACCUAGAUUUUAGGAUUUUCAUAGAGAAAUGGAGACUCAGUUUGCACAUUGACAGGAAAUUCGUGUAUCCUUUUGCCUGAAAAUGAAGAUAUGUCAAGCAAAUGUGAUCUUGUUUUGGCAGGAGCCUGAGUAAUUGCCGUGGUUUUGUUGUAAACAUGAGUGAUAACAUGGAAAACAGCGUCAACGCGUACGUAGCUGGUCUACGCCAAUUACUUGAGAAUAUUGAGCCAAUUAUCAGGCAGGCAAACUCCUUAGCUGCCGUGGAAGAUAUUUUAUUAAACUUAGAAACAACUGAUGAAAACUUUCAUAAAUAUGACCUCGUUAAGAUGUUACGCCAGCUUAUAGAAGUAGAAAUAGGGCCACUUAUCGAUGGGCUAGUCGAUGAAGGAAGGCUAGAUCAGAGUGAAAGUGAAUGUCUAAGUGCAAUCUCAGAAGAAAUCCUUUCAUCUGAGGCAUUUAACAAGGUAUCAAUGUCUGUUGUUUCUGCAAUACAAGCUGCUGCAAAUGAGAUAAUCAAGGUCAUGACGGAAAAUGGUGGUAAUUUUUCACUGACACACUCUUCACUAGAUAAAUACCAAAGAUUUUCUAACCGAUAUCUAGAAUCUAGUGGAGAUGAUUCAUUGCUAGCAUCAUCAUUUGAUGGUGAUGAUUUCAUGUUUAUGUCUCCACAGAAGUAUAAUGUUUUGGCAAACCAGCUUUUGCCAGACUUCUCACCAGCAAAGAGGCUAGAGGCACUGAAUACAUUAUCACAGAUUCCACAAACAGACUUAGUCAAUAGUGAGUUCUGGAAUGCUAUAAAGAAGGGGCUAUCUUAUGCCUUAAAAGACGAUAAUCAUAUUAUUGCAGAAAAAAGUUUAAAAUUCCAUGCAAAGGUGUUUGCUACUGCAUCAGGGCAUGUUACAAAAGAGAUAUACAACAGCCUGACUAACCAUCUGAUUGACUACUUUAAGGAAUCUACAAGCCAUAUGGUAUCCAUUGACACUGGCCUUGAUCUCGGUGACAGGCGUAACAUCAAAAUAUUGAAAGAGCUCAGACUUCUUAAUCAAUUUCAACAUGAACUCCCUUUGUUUUGGAUUCGUUACCCUGAAAAAUUUGUUGAAGAGAUUCUUUUUUCAACUGUAAACUUAAUGUCUGUGAUACCACAGCCAGUGUCAUCAAACUUCAGUGAAGCUGUUUUGAGUCCAUACCACUUUCUCUCCCUUAUUGAUCCUUCUGCAUUCUGGUUUUGUAAAUGGAUGCAUGGAAACUAUAGUAGAGCAGAACUGAUCAAGCACCUCAGCAGUAAUAAAAUCCUUUUGAAGGAAGCAUGUAAAAGCUCUUUAGACUUUGUUUUACAUUGCAAAACACAGUUUUCUCCAGAGACUGGAGAUGAUGUUGAAAUAGUAAACCAUAUUGAGAAUGAAGCCCUUGUAUACACAAAAGCUGAGAUUCUUUGUGCUCACUUUAUACAGUCAAUUAGUAUACUAGGUAGAAUAAUUUUAUACAAGGAAGGAAGAGCACUGUUUCCAAUUGAGCUCGAGGAUAGGCUAGAAACAAUAACUGUUCCAGAUCUGAUAGUUAUGCUUGUUGAAGUCAUCUCAUUUUUGCCACCUUCUAGCAGUGACUUACAAAGCUUAAAUGACUUGGAACCUGCUCAUCUGGUAGCAAAUAUCCUUAAAAACCUUGCCACUGGUUCUGCAGAAACUUGUCUUGAUUGCAUUUGCAAAGAUGUUGUGAUGAAUGCUUUUCUUCAGCCUGUGCAUAAAAGCAUUGAGGGGUAUAACAGUGUAUUGGAAUCAAAGGAAAGGAAUGAAGCAACACUUGUCUUGACAGCAGAUAUAUUGGCAGAAAUUGCUUCUACACAUGAUGGAAGGAACCACCUACUAUACGGUGAAAGAAAGGAAAGGUGGCAACGGUCAAGGCUUGCCCCAGUUCAUACAAUUGCUCAAUUUGCUAAAAAGGCUUUGAAUGGAUCUCUAGAGACAAAGCCAUCAGAUAAGGUUAUCAGUUCUUUCUUAUUUGUUUGCCGGCAGCUUUAUAACACUUGCGAAGGACUAAUGAUUAUGGGUAACUUUACUCACAGUGACAUCAUCAGCAAAGCUUUGCUCAGAACCAGAGAAAUUGAAAGUUGUGAUAGUGGAAGAAGCAAGACUAAAAUUAACCAAACUCAUCCACCAAAUAUCAUAGGAAAGACUUUUGCACAUCUGUCUCCCACCUCAAGUCAGGAUAUAGAGAAUGCCUUCAAUCCUCUAAACUUUGGUGCUUCUUCAAUAUCAACUUUUGAAGAAAACCAUAGUUCUGAACAGCGUGUUGUUGACUAUGUAACUGAAGCUGACCUUGUUAGUAUGUCUGAAUCACUUCAUUUAUCAUCAUCUGCUGUUCCACAAAGCUCUAGUUUUGUCAAGCCACAAAAGAAAGGUUACACUGAAUCACUUAUUGACAACUUGCUGAACUUCACAUCAACUCCAAAAGGGGUUCUGCUGGUUCAGCAAACAGGCAUUCUUGAUGAGUGUGCACAGUACAUGAACAGCAGAUACCAGCAAAAGCUUCAAGUGAGCAAAAUUGAAAAGUUUGGUUAUGGGGCUAUGAUUACUCAGAUGACAGCAACAGCUCCUGGUAUGCUAGCUUUGGAAAGAGCUGGUUACUUUGAGAUUCUUCUAGAGAAUACUUGGCAAUGUUUGGAGGGCGUUACAAAUGACUACACCAAGACAGUUCUCUCUUCAGACUGGGAUGAUAUCGAAGAGAAGCAAUGCAAAAAACUCUUCACAUCGAUGAUCAAUUUGUUGUCAUCUUUUCCAAGUGUUUACGAGCUACUCUGCAUACAGCAGGCUGCCUCUGAGACAGCUAAUGAACACAUCUCCAGCAUUGGUGAUCCAGUAACAAGAACAAACGCAUUUUCAAUUCCCAAAACUUUCGAGGAAUUAAUGCAGAACCUUGUUUUUGUCGAUUCUUCAGACAGGAUGCGUCUGCUUUUCCAGUUUGAGCGUUCACAUUUGUUCGGUUUGCGAGUUUUGAGCAGUCUUGUCUCGUGCCUUGAUACAUUCUUGCUAAUCCAAUCGAAAUACCACUUCCAAGAAACAUUGCUGAUGCUUCAGGAAAGCCAAAAGAUAGACAAUGGUCAGUUUAUUAUUGAUAAUUGUGGCGUGGAGAGGAAUCAGAUUUUAGUGAGGACGUUUUCAAUUGGUGGUCCGACAGAAAGAAUAAUUCCUGGACGUACAUUGGCUAAGGAUCCAGAAUCUCCAUACCCAUGGCCAUUCUUCUCAUCGUACCCUGUACCAAGUGCAUAUGUUCCAGUUGACUUGAAUGUUGUAAUGACUGCAUUCGAGCAGCAGGACAAAGUCAGAAGAUUUCUAACUGAAACCGGUUCAAAUACAUUUGACACUCUUGAAGAAGCUCGGGGUUGGUUGCUUAAGUGUAGAGACGUCUAUGUUUCAACUGUGAAGGAAGAUCCAGAAACGGUUGGCAUGAAAUCAAUUCCUCAUUUAAUGGAACGAAUCUGCAGUGCACUUGCUGCAGAUCCCGAAGAAGCAAUCUUGCCUCUUAUUGAGUAUUCUGGAAACGAGUCUUUAUUGAAGAGUAUGCAGUUAUCAGAUAUGGAGAAUAUUGGUGUUGAUCUGGUCAUUAAAUAUGGAACGACUCUCAGGUUGAUCCCGCCAACUAGCAAUGCCAGUGAGGAAUUAAAGCAUUUGCUUAAACAAUGCAAGUUCUUUCUAUCAUGUCAACAACGCCAGUUCUCGUCAAAACUAAGCACGCUGCAGUCAGACUAUGCUGGUUUUGAUUGGUAUGUUAGCUCUAUAUAUUUGCUCAUGGGUGGAAAAUUUGAAAGGUGCUGGGAAUUUCUGUCUCGUUUUUCAUCAUUGCUUGCUUCUGGAUACAUGUGGACUGCCAGACUUCAUGCAUCUAUUCAUCUUCCGAAAGACUUGCAAGAGAGUGGUAUCCAUCCCAUGUAUUCUUCAGUUUGUCAUAACCUUGAACUACUUCUACAAGCAGAAAUCCCACAAAUUUAUUCUGCUUUCCGAAUGUCCGGCUAUCCUCCCAGCCAAAUCUGUCACCUCUGGUUGCGGCAAUGUUUUUGGAACUACCUUGACUGGCCAGAAAUUUGCAGCUAUUUGUGUUGUUGUUUACUCAUGGGCAUUGACUAUCAAAUUUAUUUUUGUAUGGCUAUUUUGAAACAUCUUCAGAGAGAAAUAUUUCUGCAUACACAGCAGAAGAACUUGUCUGUGUUCCUUCGACAAUUCCCAAUAAAAGAUUUUAAGUUGGGGAAUUAUAUGGACUUUAUGCUCGAACUACAAAAGAAAUAUCGAACUGUAAUAUUGCCAGAUUUGCAAGAUAUAACAAAACCUUGAUCAGACUAUAAACAACAGUAAGCAUUGGUGUUAGUAAACUCUACAAUGAAAUAUUUCAAAUCUGUAAUAACAUAUGUAUCUCAUGAUUUGAGAACAAAAAUGUUUACUUAUUGAUACUGAAAUCUUUCUACAAAGUAUUAAUAAUUUUCAGAAAUAAAGGAACUUUUUAAAUUCGUUUUUAACUAACAUCGAUAAAGUAGUUUCGAAUAAAAGGACGAGGUUUCCUUUCCUAUUACUUUAUGGAACGUAAACAGAAAAUUUCGUUAUAACUCUAGAAUGCUACCGAUAUUUUACAUCUCACAUGCUAUUUUUUCAAAGAUAUACUGAAAUAUAUUUCAACCUUUAUUUUCAAAACCCAACCUGUUUUAAGUUUUUUUGUAUGGCACAAUUAAAUCAUUGUAAAAUAUGAUGUGUCUGUAAUCUGUAACGAUUUAAUUAACUAAACGAAAAAAAGUUACGAAAUUUUAGGUCUGUCUUUAAACUUCAAAAUGGUCAAGUUUUUAAAGUCAUGCUUUUCCACUAUAACCACACAGAAUCCAUCGAAUAUCAUAAAAACUAUUUGAAAGCAGUAAAGGUUGCCUUGGUGUGGGUAAUUUGAAGAAAAUCACGAUAUUUUCGGUUGAUCCACUUUUUGAAAGGAAGGCUCGCAAAAAUGGUCAAAUUUUGAAGGUGAAACUUCUGCAUCAUAAUCAAUCAGGAUGCAUUCAAUACGAUCAGAAACCACUAAGAAUCAAAAAAGAUUAUAAAGACCGCUGAUAUUAUACAAUAAAAUGAUUAGUUUUUGAGUCGAAUCAAUUGUCAGAAAGAACUAGAAUUGAAUUUUUUUUGGAAUUAUAUUCGUUUCUUUUCUAAAAAUAAGACUUUGUGAUAGGGGUUGAUCUUUUAAGAAGAUAUACGGCUAUAGGCUUUGAAAAUAGUUGAUCAGCUUUUAUAAAACAAAAACAUCAAAAUUGAAUAUAGUUUGGACUAUAAUUAAAGUACUUCUAAAUAAUCUGUGCGUACUUUAAUUCAACUUAGCUUCCGAAUUGAAGUCGAUUUUUCAAGAAAAUAACAACAUUUUGCAAGGAUUGGUUUUUCAUCAAAAACUAAGGCUAUAGGUUUAGAAAUAUUAUCGAUUUUUUCAAAAAUUAAUUCUUCUUGAAACAGCUUGGUUUUUUCUAUAUGGUCUAGAAUAAGUAUAAUUGAACUUAGUUUUGGAAUUGAAGUUAUAUUUUCGAGAAAACAACGACUUUUGUUGCGGUCGAUUUUUCAUGAAAAAAUAAAGCUAUAGACAUUUUUCUUCUAGAAAGAGAUUGG